CAUCCUGUGUCUGACGGUGUCUGGCGGUGUCUGACCAUUCACCACAAGAGUCAUAUUUCCUGCAUGUAAAGGGGCUGACUAGAUGUCAUUAUAAUGUCCAAGACCAUGAUCCACCAGGUUUUCCUCAUCGUUGGACUGAGCUCCCUGCUUCACCCAGCUUUCUCAGGAUCAGAGGAGGUGCAGUCCUUCUCAGGGAUCGUGAAGAUCCCCUGCAGAUACAAGGUGCACACCUAUCCAUACGAAAUGUGCUGGGGCCGGGGGCCGUGUCCUUCCCUCAGCUGUAAAGAUGGAAUCAUCUGGACCGAUGGCAGCAAAGUGACCUGGAGGAAAUCUGACAAAUACCGCCUGAUGGGGGACAUGAAAAAGGGGGACGUGACCCUCACCAUCAUUGGGGCCACAGUGGAGGAUGCUGGAACCUACUGCUGCCGGGUGCAGAUCCCAGGACUCUUCAACGACCAGAAGACUGAGAUAGACGUGGACAAAAAACAUGUGGAAGAUGAUGAUGAUAUUAAUGAUCCAAGGAUUGCUCUGGUCUAUGUCCCUAAGGAAUCAGCACUGGCUCAUCCUACUCACAAGGACGUUACCUCACAGAUAAUACCUACGGAGGAUCCUUUCAGCUCCACACAACCCGAGACGCUGCCGAGCACAGUAGGCGAACAGGAACAGUCACCUACAGGGGAGACACCCAUGAGCCCCCCGGAACUGAACACAAGGACGGAGGAGUUCCUGGGGAUCACAAUGAAGAGUCACGUCUCCACCAUGAUAAGAGUGACCGCCAUCUUCUCCCUGACCUUCCUGCCUCUGUUCAUCUACUCCUGCAUCAUUAAAGUGAACAAGAAGAACAAACCCUGACGGUCUGGGCCUACAUCAUACCGCCCGCCAUGUUACACCAACAAUUGCAUUGACCUGGUCUACUCUGCACUUCUCACAGCCAUAAAGGAAGACGUGGUGACCAUUCCCUGGGAGAUUUGGAGGAUGAGAAUUAAAGAGUUAAUUAUGUAUUUCAUUAAAUAUUUUA